GGUCACACUGCAAAUCAUAGUUUUUUAUUUUGGUAGUGCGUAGGAGAUUCGGUACAAACUUUAAUAAUUCAUUAUAGUUUGCAACAAUUCCGCUACCAUCGAAAACAAAAAACAAAAACACGUGCUGCUAGCGGCAACAACAACGAAAAAGAAGAAGAAGCACAUAUUAAAUCUUUUUGUUUUGCAACAAGUGUAAAGAACAACAAAAUCCAAAAUGGGUAUGGUACAGAAACGCAAGAAGAUGCACUACGGUGAUACACAUCUUCAGCGUCGCUGGCGUGUACGUAAUCGUCGACGCGACUUGGAUCAAAUCGAUACUGAUUUGCAGACUCGCAGCGCCGAACUGAUCAAUCAGGGUGUUGAUCUUGAAAAGCCUGGAUUUGCGCAAUUCUAUUGUGUGCAUUGUGCUAAAUAUUUUAUCAAUGACACUGCCCUGCAGGGCCAUUUUCGCACAAAAGUUCAUAAACGCCGCCUCAAAGCCCUGGAAACGGAGCCUUACAGCAUUGAGGAGUCGGAACGUGCCGCUGGACGUGGCAGCUUCCAGAAGCCCAAGAAACGUGUAAUGGAAACACAGCCCAGCAAAGAAGAUGUCAUUGCUGGUAAACGUAUCAAAGUCGAGGAAGUCCCCAACAAGGAAGGCACAACGAAUAUGGCUCAGGAUGAUGAUCAAGAAGAACUACCCAGCACAUCUUCAUCGUCAGCGAAACCGAAACGCAAGAGACCACAAAAUAUGGAAACCUAAUUCUGAACAAUAUGAAUAUGUUUUUUAGCAUUGGUUAAUAUUUUGUUUCUAUUGUAGUUAAUUAAGAAAUUCUCUUCCGUCAGAUUGAAAAUAUACAUAUAAAUACUUGCAAUCUA